AUGGUCCCUAGACUUGUUUUAAUCACAUUCAGUAUGGCCCAGCCAUUUUUGAUUGAAGAUGCCAUCAAUUUUGUCGAGGGUGGAACCGAACCCAAUAAAUAUGGUUAUGGGCUGAUUGGAGCUUUUGGAAUUACGUAUCUUGGAAUUGCUAUUUCGACGGCGUGGUACCAGUAUCUGACUUCUCGGGCACUCACGAUGAUUCGCGCGGCGCUGAUCAGCAUCAUCUAUAAGUCGAGCCUUGAUAUCGCCGUGGGCACUGUAGAGGCGUCUUCGCCUGUAAGCUUGAUGGGGGCCGAUGUCGAGCGUGUCAUGUCGACGCUUCAGUGGGUCAUCAGUACAGCCCCCAACAUUGUUCAGGCUACCGUCGCCAUCUGGAUUUUAGAGACACGUCUCGGGGCAAUUUGCGUGGCACCUGUCAUUUUGGUUCUGAUUCUGGCAUACGUAUCUAGUCAAGUUGCUAAGAAAAUCCGGCCGCGCCAGCGACAAUGGAUGCAAGCAGUUCAGAAACGUGUGGCUUACACCUCGGACGUUCUUGGCUCGAUUAAGGGUAUGAAGAUGCUUGGUCUCACCAACAUGAUCACUGGGAACGUGCAAGAUCUGAGAGAACAAGAGUUGAAAAAGUCGAAGCGUUUUCGAUAUGUACAGAUCGUCAAUAUCACCCUCGGAAAUGCCGCAAACAUACUGUCUCCCGUCGUCACCUUCAUCGGCUAUGGCAUUAUUGCGAAGUACUCGUCCGGUAAGGCACCAAGUGCCGCAACCAUCUUCUCGUCGUUGUCUCUGCUGUCGGUGUUGAUCAGUCCGGUCAAUGAGCUAGUCUCAGCCAUUCCCAAUCUAGCCUCCGCGUUAGAGUGUUGCAAUCGUAUUCAACAGUACACGGAAGGCAAGAAACAGGUCGACUUCAGACGCCUGACCCGUGAGCCCAGAGUUUCUGAAGUCGAGACUGAUAGGGAGCCGAAAUACGAGAAAUCCGAAAGCGGCACCAGCAUCAUUGAAAUUAGGUAG